AUGUCCCAAAAGAUCGUACUUCUAUUGUUUCUCCUGCUCCUUAUAAACCCAGUGUUUUCUCAGCUAGAUGAUCUCUACUUCCCAGGCUUCCAACAUGCUACCAGUAACAUGAGCCUAAACGGUGCUGCUGUGAUUGAAAAAAAUGGCGUACUUCGGUUAACAAACAACACUCCCCGCAUAAUAGGCCAUGCAUUUUACUCAUCUCCAAUCAAAUUCAAGAACUCUAGUAAUGGCAAAAGCUUCUCCUUCUCAACAGCCUUUGCUUUUGCUAUAGUUCGUGAGAAUCCAAAGAUAAGUACUCACGGUUUUGCUUUCACUAUAUCUACAUCAAAAGAGCUCCCAGGCGCUUUUCCAAACCAGUAUCUAGGUCUCCUCAAUGCAACCGAUAGUGGAUACCUCUCAAAUCAUCUCUUUGCAGUUGAGUUUGACACAUUUAAAGACUAUGACUUGCAUGAUAUAAAUGAUAACCAUGUUGGCAUUGAUAUCAAUAGCAUGAUAUCAAACAAAUCUGUUCCUGCUGCAGACUUCAUCGAUAAUUCAACAAAGAAAUAUUUGAAUCUUGCUAGUGGUAGGCCUAUUCAAGCAUGGGUUGAUUAUGAUUCGAUCAAGAAUCUAGUAGAAGUAAGGCUUUCAUCUUCUUUUAAAAGACCGGUUUUUCCAAUCUUAUCUUUUGAGGUAGAUCUUUCUCCUAUUGUCAAAGAUUAUAUGUAUGUUGGGUUCUCUUCAUCAACUGGCUUGCUCACAAGCAGACACUAUAUUCUUGGAUGGAGUUUCAGCAUGAAAGGAGAGGCUAAAUCUUUAUCUCUAAAUUCUCUUCCUUCUCUUCCGGGGCAUAAAAAGAAUCACACAGGAUUGGUUGAAGAAAAAAAUGCAGAUGUCACAGAGGCAUGGGAGCUUGGUAUUGGUCCUCACAGAUUCUCUUACAAAGAACUCAAGAAAGCAACGAAGAAUUUUAGAGACAGAGAGUUGCUUGGAUUUGGUGGAUUUGGCAAAGUUUACAAAGGAACUCUGACGAAUUCUAAUACUGAAAUCGCAGUUAAGCGAAUCUGUGCCCAAUCUAAACAAGGUUUGAGAGAAUUUUUGACUGAGAUUGAAAGCAUCGGUCGGCUUCGCCAUAGAAAUUUGGUUCGGUUACUAGGAUGGUGUCGGCAGCAAGGUGACUUACUAAUUGUCUAUGAUUUCAUGGCUAAUGGGAGCUUGGACAAGUACUUAUUUGGUGAGCCUAAAACAAUUCUUAAAUGGGAACAAAGGUUCAAUAUUAUCAAAGGUGUUGCCUCAGGCCUUUUGUAUUUACAUGAAGGAUGGGAACAGACUGUGAUUCACAGGGACAUAAAGGCAGGUAAUGUGUUAUUAGAUUCUGAGCUAAAUGGAAGACUUGGCGACUUCGGUCUUGCCAAGUUAUAUGAGCGUAACUCUGACCCCAUCAGCACUAAAGUGGUGGGCACAUUGGGUUACAUAGCACCUGAGCUAACAAGAACAGGAAAGCCUACUACAAGUUCAGAUGUGUUCGCCUUUGGUGCCCUUUUGCUCGAAGUAGUCUGUGGAAGGAAGCCAAUUGAACCUAAAGCAUUGCCUGAGGAGCUCAUUUUGGUGGAUUUGGUAUCGGAUAGGUGGAAGAGUGGUGCAAUUCUUGAUGUAGUGGAUCCAAAAUUGAAUGGCGAGUUUGAUGAGGUUGAGGCUGUUACUGUGUUGAAACUGGGGCUAAUGUGUUCUAACAAUGUGCCGAAUGCGAGGCCUACGAUGAGGCAGGUUGUAAGGUGUUUGGAGGGAGAAGUAGCAUUGCCAGAGUUGGUUGCAGCGCCAGAGGAUGCAUAUGAUGUGAAAAAUGUUAAUGUAAUUAAGGAUAGUAAUAGUAGUGAGUUAGAGGAUCACCGGUAUUCAGAUCCAGUGUCAUCAAAUCUGGAGAAGGUCAGUACGUGGUCAUUUGGUGGUGAUUCUGGGGAUACUGAUAUUGAAGCUGGGUUGGAUUCAGCUCUUCCACUUUCUAGUGGAAGUGAAUGCAGAUAG